AUGACUUUGUUGGACAGCAUGCUAUGUGAUGGAGAUGCAAAAAAUCCCCAGCCCAAGGCCAAUAUCGAUCAAUUAACCGAAUUCCACACUAAGGGUGAGAAUAUCAAAACUGGGAAGCAUGAGGAGCACCGCGUAAAGCUAAAGGAGUGGAUUGGCAAUCUACGCAAAGGCAAGGACCUUCUAUCCGAAGCGGACGCGGUCAUUGAUGCACAGAUGGGCGGCCUCAAGUCUGCUCGCGAAGAGGCCUACGGCCAUAGCAAUCGGAUGGUGCCUCCCUUUUAA